AUCAGUCUUGCUUUGGUCGAUCCAAACCAACCAAAUCCACUCAAGAAUGGCAUUCAAGUUUGUUGUUUUCGCUGCCUUCGUGGCCGUCGCCAACGCUGGUGUUCUCGCGCCUGCCGCCUCCUUGGCUUACGCUGCGGGACCCGCGGUUGUCGCCGCUCCCGUUGCCAAGGCAGUGGUGGCUAAGGCUAUCGAUGCCGACUUCGACCCGCAUCCACAAUACAGCUACGCCUAUGACGUGCACGACAGCCUGACCGGAGAUGCCAAGAGCCAACACGAGACCCGUGACGGCGACCUCGUCCAGGGUAGCUACUCCCUCUUGGAAGCCGAUGGUACCAGGCGCACCGUUGACUACACCGCUGAUCCAGUCAAUGGAUUCAACGCCGUAGUCCGCAAGGAACCCGUCGCCGUUGCCGUCAAAGCUGUCGCCCCAAUUGCCACCCCCAUCGCAUCCGCUGCCCCCCUUGCCUACGCUGCCCCAAUCGCCAAGAUCGCCGCUCCCGUCGCCAAGCUGGCCACCCCUGUAGCUGCUGCAUCCUUCACCUACGCCGCUCCCGUCGCCAAGUUGGCCACCUCAGUAGCUGCUGCACCUCUCGCCUACGCUACCCCCGUCGCCAAAUUCGCCGCCCCGAUCGCUGCCCCCCUCACCUACACCGCCCCCGUAGCUAAAAUCGCCACCCCUGCCGUAGCCCACAUCGCGCACGCUGCACCCCUUGCCUACACCGCGCAAGCCUCCCCUCUUGCGUAUGCCGCACACGCCUCCCCUCUUGCAUAUGCUGCACACGCCUCCCCCCUUGCAUAUGCUGCCCCCGCCUCCCCCCUUGCAUAUGCUGCCCCCGCCUCUCUGGCAGCUCCUCUUGCAGCUCCUCUUGCUGCCCCUCUUGCUACCUCCUUCGCUAAAAUCGCUGCUGCACCCGCCAUCUCCUAUGCCGCCCCGGCUGCAUCUGCCAUCUCUUAUGCCGCCCCAACUGCCUACAUUCAUUAAUCGUGUUGACCACGCCAACCUACAUUGUCUCGACUCAGGCUGAACUUAUUUAUUUUUAUAUCAUGUACAUGUUCUUUUUAUGACUGAUUAAAGAAAUUACACACUUA